AUGGCUGAUGAGGAUGUUUCCGCCUUGGUAGUGGAUAAUGGCUCGGGUAUGUGCAAGGCCGGUUUCGCCGGAGACGAUGCUCCUCGUGCAGUGUUUCCCUCCAUCGUUGGCCGUCCAAGGCAUCAGGGUGUGAUGGUCGGCAUGGGUCAGAAAGACUCCUACGUUGGAGACGAAGCUCAGAGCAAAAGAGGCAUUCUAACCCUGAAAUAUCCCAUCGAACACGGCAUUGUAACCAACUGGGAUGACAUGGAGAAGGUAAAAUGUGAAAUAACUUGUUUAUAAGAAAAAGGUUUUAAAACCACAGGUCGAGAAAUAACAUUAUGCGGCGUUUUGUGUUUUAGAUCUGGCACCACACCUUCUACAACGAGCUGCGAGUAGCUCCCGAGGAACACCCAGUUUUGCUGACCGAAGCUCCUCUCAAUCCAAAAGCCAAUAGGGAGAAAAUGACCCAGGUAAAUAGACUGACCACAAGUAGAUAUUGUUUAUGCCACAGCGUCUUAAUUACUAAUUUAUUAUUUACUAUGAUUUGUGUCUGGUUACUGUUAGUUGCCCACGUAAAAUAUUUUUAAGGACGGAUGCAAUUUUCUAAUAUAACUUCGGUUCCCUUUUCUUAAGACAAUACACGCUUUUAAACGUUGUGCGAAUGACUGUUAACGCACUGCCGAACUCAUAUUUUAUGGAUAAUAUUAAAGACCUUACGUUGUAUGCUACGCUUCUACAGAGGAUCAAUUCGAUGUCGUCAAUUUAUUUCGAAGUCUUUCCUUAGAAAGUCAGGGGGAGCAAAAGUUUUGAUAGGGAUGUGAACCAGUGUCUUUAAUAUGGUUUCCAAAUUGCACAACUUAGGUGGAAUUCAGAAAGAAGUUCCGCAAAUCUGACAGGCCAUUAAGAGACUUAAAUGUAAAUUCACGCUCCACAGAAGAAAGUUCUAAAGUGGAUAUAAAUAGUGUCGAAAGAGUUUUCUGAAUUUAAUUAUGCCUCUGGUUAUCCUUACGGAAACUAUCUUUUCAUUGCCAUAUUAGGUUAGUCUGCCUCCUGAUAGGUCAGAAGGCGAAACGCGACGAAAGGAAAAACCGAGAGUAUUAGAUAUCGCAAUUAUGAAUAAGGAAAAAAAAGGAAAAAUGAUGCAUAUAUACUCUGCUGGAAAUAAAGCAGGGAAAAAAUUGCUGUUGACAAAUCAAUUACAACUUGACAAAUGGUGUUUGCUUUCUUUGUUUAAAUUCAAAUAAGUACAUUCAUCUUCAAAAACUUGAGGUCUUCUCGGCAAUUUCUCACCCACAAACAAACUUGGACAAAUGAAACAUCUUAGUUUCUUAUAAUUUGCAUUAUUACUAAUUCCGGGUCAGUUGGCAUUAUGAUAUCUCAUUCUGCAAAAUGAAACAAUUCCAUAGUACUGUAGUAGAUCAGUCUCUGCCUAUUGCUACUAUUCGUUGUAUGUAUCAUAAUUGUAAUGAUGAUAAUGACAGUUGGUGUUUGGAAUAUGAAGGUAUAUCAGUAUAGUUCUCGAAAGCAAUUGAAAUGAGGAUUAUGAUUUUUCCGCGAUGGCAAAGAGUCAAAGAGGCAGCGGCCGGGAGAGGGAGGGUUGACUGAUUGUUACUUUAAUUGUGUUUUCUUACGUUUUUCUCACCUUUGGAUGUCUUUGAAAUAAACGAGUUGAUUUUUUAACGUCAAUAACACUCACACACCAUUCCGACAAAAUAAGAUUGUCCACAAGAAAUAUUUUUUACUUUGCGUGUUUUAUAACUGAAGCUAUUUGGGAAAACCUGUUAAAUUUAGUAUCAGCAGAACAGCCAAUUUAACUGUGGAGAAUUUCAUUUCUUUUAAGUUCAGUUUAAUUUCCUCCUGGAGUCCAUGUUCUUUCUUCCACCCAACACUGAGGAAAGGCCUGGGACAGAUUUCACCUCAGGAUUCCAAGUAAACUGACGGAGGGGAGGUAGUGGGCCAAAGAAAAAAGGAAGGGGAUUGUGGGUCAAUUUUUUAAUGAGACAUUUUUUUGGGGGGGCGGGGAGGGGGGUACGUUUUAAAGAGUUAGCACAUCUGGAGGGGAGUACAAAGACUACAAACACCAACUCUUCUGCCACUCUGUAGUAAUAAUACACAAACAGUCCCUUAGUGCUGAAUAUUUUGGAACGUUUUUAAUAUCGCUGCGCGAAGGAUUGAGUCGAAUUGUGAGAGCCUCUUGCUGGCCACCCAGUCCAUUGAAUUGAGGUCAAUAAUCAGCGCAUUUGACCGAAACUAAAUGCUUGCCUGUUCAUACGACCAAAUUACAACAGCCACGAAAUGUCGUGAUCUGUUUACUACUAGAUUUAACCUCUGUAAAUAUUUCUGUUUCUUUACUCUUUCAGAUUAUGUUUGAAACCUUCAAUUCACCUGCCAUGUACGUCGCCAUUCAGGCUGUGCUGUCACUAUACGCUUCUGGUCGAACAACCGGCAUCGUCUUUGACAGUGGUGACGGAGUGAGUCAUACGGUUCCGAUCUAUGAGGGCUACGCUCUUCCCCAUGCCAUUCUUCGUCUUGACUUGGCUGGUAGAGACUUGACCGACUAUCUUAUGAAGAUUUUAACUGAGCGUGGAUACUCCUUCACCACCACUGCCGAACGCGAGAUCGUGCGUGACAUCAAAGAGAAGCUGUGCUACGUUGCUCUAGAUUUCGAACAAGAAAUGAGCACCGCCGCUUCCAGCUCCAGCCUGGAGAAGAGCUAUGAGCUCCCUGACGGCCAGGUCAUCACCAUCGGCAAUGAGCGAUUCAGAUGUCCCGAAGCCUUGUUCCAGCCUUCUUUCCUUGGAAUGGAAUCCGCUGGCAUCCAUGAGACAACCUACAAUUCAAUCAUGAAAUGUGAUGUGGAUAUCCGUAAGGAUUUGUACGCCAACACAGUGCUGUCUGGUGGCUCCACCAUGUUUCCAGGAAUUGCUGACAGAAUGCAGAAGGAAAUCACAGCUCUGGCUCCACCCACAAUGAAGAUCAAGAUAAUUGCCCCUCCCGAGCGUAAAUACUCCGUUUGGAUUGGUGGAUCUAUCCUCGCCUCACUGUCCACCUUCCAGCAGAUGUGGAUCUCCAAGCAAGAAUACGAUGAAUCUGGCCCGUCGAUCGUCCACCGCAAAUGUUUCUAGAUGGCCAUGAGGAAAAGAAAAAUUAUCAACUGAACUUUAUGUUCUUCUCAUGCAAAUAUUGAUUUUGAACAUCAUCUGUUUAAUAGUUAAUAGUUUAAUAGUUAUAGUAUGCGUUGUUUAAAAUAUACACAGUUUAGGAUAAAAACUGCUUCCUUAUUCUUUUCUAAUGGUAUUUCCUCGUCAACUUUUAGUCUGUGAUAUAUAUACAGAGUUCUGAUCAAAAAGUUGAUCAAUCUAUAGAGCGUUUUCAGUCACGUGGUCAGCAGGUAUGCAAUUUGCUUAGAAUAAAAGAAAGUUUUAACAUAUGAAAAGAGUUCAAUUCCCACAUGAUUUUUUUUGUACACAAACAUGGCCGUUGAUUCAUGGUUUUGUACACAAAUAUGGCCGUCGUGAUGUCAUGUGAAAACGAUCUAUUAAACCAGUCAAAUAUAUGACCUUCCAAGAGAGUCGAAAAAGCCAAUUCAACUCAACCAGUGUGUGGCAAGUUCCCCGUAACCUGAACUCUAUUUCAGACGAAAAUAAGUGAUCUUCCCUAUCCUAUUUGUAGACCUGUUCCUCUGUUGUCAAGAGACGAAUGAUAAAACAGUGUCCAAUUCGGUCCCUGUCCUUACCCCAUUUCCAAAUUUUAAACAAGGAGGCUCGGUUCCAAAGUCCAACCCCGUAUACCCUUUAGUACCAUUAUUGACAGAAAAGAUAUCCCUUUCACAUACUACUUGAAAAAUCUGCAUCCCUUUUAACUGCUCUUAAUGCACUGAUGUCUUUUAAAUGUGAAUAAAUCACCA